GACUCAUUUGGCGCAGCGCGCGAGCCGAGAGCGCGCGACUCCUUUUCUUUUCCUGCGCGCGGCGUGCUCGCGAUUUCAUAGAGUGCAUCGAGAAAAUAUAAUUUUUCAUAGAAGUGAUCCGUCAGUGCAUCGCAGACGGAACUUUUGGACUUACUUGUGGGUCGGACUUUUCUUUAUUUUUCAACAUGACGGUGCACAGUAGUGAGAGCAGUAUGCAAAUUUCGGAGACACCGUCGUCCGAGUUGGAGAGCAAAAAAUCAUCAUGCUGGUCGCCGCCGAGAAGAUACGUGGUCGCUUUUCUAGCGUUCCUGGGAUUUUGGAAUGUGUACGCCCUGCGAGUCAAUUUGAGUGUGGCCAUUGUCGCGAUGACGAGCAAUUACACGGUUCAUUUGGACAAUGGUACCACUAUACAGAGGCGAGAUUUUGACUGGGAUUCAAAGACCAGAGGCCUCCUUUUAAGUUCAUUUUUCUACGGCUACAUAAUCACCCAAAUCCCUGGCGGCUGGUUGGGCGCUAGGAUAGGAGGCGCCCUUUUAUUCGGGGCUGGAAUUGCGUCCACGGCCCUUUUAACCCUUUUGACACCCUUGGCAGCCAGCGGAGGCGUCACUCUGCUCUUCGUUCUCCGAGUUCUGGAAGGUGUAUUUGAGGGUGUCACGUAUCCCUGUAUCCACGCAGUGUGGGCGAGGUGGGCUCCUCCGCUGGAGAGGAGCAAAUUGGCCACUUUGGCGUUUUCAGGAAGUUACGUGGGAACCGUGGUCGCUCUACCCCUCUCCGGCUAUCUUGCAAAACACGUCGGAUGGCCCUACGUGUUUUAUGUUUUCGGCUUCAUCGGAUUGGUUUGGUAUGCUGUGUGGGUGGCUGUGGUUAGAGAAGGACCCGAAUUGGACCCCAGAAUUUCACAAGAGGAACUCAUCUACAUCCAAAAAUCACUUGGACAGCAAAAUUACAAAAAAACAAGUCCACCUUGGGGUCAAUUUUUAAAAUCGGCGCCGGUUUGGGCCAUAAUCGUGGCCCACUUUGCGGAAAACUGGGGUUUCUACACCCUUCUGACGCAACUGCCGACCUUCAUGAAAGACACGUUGGAGUUUGACCUGAAAGACGCGGGUUUGCUUUCUGCGUUGCCAUACCUCGCGAUGGCGGCGGUGCUCCAGUUGGCCGGACACCUUGCCGACUGGCUGCGCUCCAAGCAGUUCAUCUCGACCACAGCCGUCCGCAAACUGUUCAACUGCGGCGCCUUCGUAAGCCAGACGACGUUCAUGAUGUUGGCCGCUUACUUGCUGGCCCCACUCGAGGCCGUCGCGUGUCUCACGGUGGCCGUCGGCCUUGGCGGUUUCGCGUGGAGUGGCUUCAGUGUGAAUCAUCUCGACAUUGCGCCGCAGUAUGCCAGCCUUCUUAUGGGUUUGUCAAACACCUUUGCCACAUUGCCAGGAAUAAUCAGCCCAGCGCUCACUGGAAUCAUCGUGCAAAAUAAGAGCGUUGAAGAGUGGAAAAUCGUUUUCUACAUCGCAAGUGGAAUUUAUUUGGUAGGCGCCGUGAUUUACGCGAUUUGCGCCUCCGGAGAAAGACAACCGUGGGCCAUUGACGAGGAGCCGAUUCCGGCGGUGGAAAAAAGCAAAAGCAAGGAGCAUGACCGGUACAGCGGACUGUACGACUUCAACGCCAUGGAACAAUUAAAACUUCCCAGACCAAAGUUGCACCACAACGACAUAAAUGAUUUCUAAAAAUUUAAUGAAUAAUUAGUAUUUUUUUUUUAAGAGGAGAACUUUGAACUUUUUGUGAUUUGAAAUUUCACAAGCAUUUACGGGAAGGAGAAUAAAACACGGCAGGAAUAAUUUUUGAGCAUGCAAUGUAAAAUCCUAAAAAUAAGUUGAAACAAAUUAAAACACUGGAAUAAAAAAAGUAAGGUCAGUGCGCUCAAGUUUUUCAUCAUAAAAUACUAAAAAAUAGUCCUCCUAGAAAAUGUGAUAUUAUAAAGACGUGGGAUGUUUCUCAAUAAACAUAAAUUUCUCUGAUAUAUUCAGAUGUUUUC